AUGCGUGUCAAUCAAUGUCCAAACGGCAAAGCCUCGGUGAUGAUACGAUGUUGCCACGGUGAAACAGGCAGAGCUACGAUAGAGCCAGUGUACAUUGAGGUCAUAGGCAACAACGCUCCGGUUGGAGCCGGUAAUGUCCCGGAUAUUGCCGACAAGUAUGGUUAUACAACGGUGUUAGACGGUGGUGAUAUAAGUAGCCAGUCAAUCACAGAUGCUUUGCAUAACUACUCUACAGAGUUCAAUUGCAAAAUAACAGAAAUUAAACCGCUACAACUGCAAGCAAUACAAACAUUAUUAUCUAAAAAAGACUGCAUCUGUGCACUUCCAACUGGUUAUGGAAAAUGGUUAAUAUAUGAAAUUCUGCCGUUUUUUGUUCCAAAGUGUCUUGUUAUUGUUAUUGUGCCUUUAAACGCUAUAAUUGAACAGCAAACGGUGAAACUCAGUGGACAAUCAUUUUCCUUGUCAAUGAAUAUAGACACUACUGACUUAUUAAAUACCAAAUCUUUUUUCUUUCACCCAGAAACUGUUUUAAACUCUCCUGAAGUAAACAAACUUUUUCGCUCAUCUCAAUUUCAAGAGUAUGACAAGUUUCUUGUAAUAGAUGAGGCUCAUUGUGUCAUUGAAUGGGGCAAAGAAUUCAGGAAGGACUUUAAAAGAAUAUACCAACUGAAGUCUCUUGUAAGUUGCCCAAUUCUUGCAUUGUCAGCAACAAUAACUAGAGCCGGGCAAAAAGAAAUAGCUAAAUGUCUUCAUAUGACAAACUUUGAAGUUGUAUGUGCUAGCCCUGCAAAAGACAAUAUUAAAGUGAUUGUCAAGAAUCGUCCGAGUCCAAACUCGAAGGGAAAUACAUCCUUGACGCCAUACGAUUAUAUAUUUGUACCAGUUUUACAACAACUUAAGAGUGAACUUGAUAACUUUGGGAUAACCAUAAUAUAUUGCAAGACUAUGAACUGGAUAGGUUAUGGAUAUGAAUUAGGAAAGGAAAUACUUGGUGAUGAAUUCUACUCAGGAGCGCCAUCAGAGAAAACAACUAGAGUUGUUAUGUAUCAUUCAUCUAUGGAGGGCCCACAAACUUUAAUUAUUUUGGUACUAUGCCACUUAACUUUUUCUGAUAUGUUGGAGUUUUAAAAAUAAAAACA